UCAAAUUCAUUUCAAACCACUGCGUUUCCUGGUCGCCCCCGAAAAAAUGGUAACAGCAGCGGCUACAAUGGUAGCACUCUCAGUUAAAUCACACUCUAAAAUACACACUCUCUCAUCAUUUCGUACUCUCCCCCGCCUCACGUGCUCCUUCUCUUCUUCCUUAAAUUUCAAUAUCUCCUUCGCUCCCUCAAAGCCGAAGCCCAAGCCCGAAACCCAAGGCCCAACCGAGCCCGACGACACACCGCUCCUCAUCCCUUGGAUCGUUCGGGGUGAGGACGGGAAUCUCAAGCUGCAAUCGGAGCCUCCUCCGAGCCUCAUCAAUGCCUUGGCCAGCGCCCAAACCGGCACCAAGAAGGACAAGAAGCAAACCAAAACCAGCACCAACAAAGCUCAAAACCACGAAAAGGUUCGCGCGGUGGCGCCGCCGCAGCAUUCCAAGGCGGCGCGGAGGUUCUACAACCAAACAAUCAAGGACUCCGCCGGCACGCGCCUCAGCAAGGUUCUCGCCGCCUCCGGAGUUGCGUCGAGGAGAAGCUGCGAAGAGCUUAUUUUCGAAGGGAGGGUUACGGUUAAUGGUUCCGUAUGUAAUACACCUCAGACUAGAGUUGAUCCUGCAAAGGAUGUAAUCUAUGUGAAUGGGAACCGGCUUCCGAAGAGGCAGCCUCGAAAGGUUUAUCUCGCAUUGAACAAGCCGAAAGGGUAUAUAUGUUCGUCUGGGGAGAAUGAGUCUAAAUCUGUGAUAAAUCUAUUUGAUGAUUACUUGAGGAGUUGGGGUAAAAAGCAUCCGGGAGUACCCGCACCUCGGCUAUUCACUGUAGGACGCCUUGAUGUUGCUACUACAGGGUUAAUUAUUGUGACUAACGACGGAGAUUUUGCUCAAAAACUUUCACACCCUUCAUCUAAUUUAUCAAAAGAAUACAUUGCAACAGUUGAUGGCUUGGUUCAUAAGAGGCACUUAGUAACCAUAAGUGAGGGAACAAGCAUUGAAGGUGUCCAUUGUGUACCGGACAUUGUGGAGUUACUUCCUCGUCAGCCAGAUGUGCAAAGAGCUCGUCUUCGUAUUGUGGUUCAUGAAGGGAGGAAACAUGAAGUUCGAGAACUAGUGAAAAAAGCUGGACUUGAGAUUCAUUCAUUGAAGCGAGUACGCAUUGGUGGGUUUAGACUUCCACCAGACCUUGGAAUUGGGAAGCACAUUGAGUUAAAUCCAACGAAUCUGAAUGCAUUGGGGUGGAAGAGUUGACAAAGUUGCUUCUUAAUAAUCGGGUAUUUGGAAUGGUGGCAGCGUGCACACGGCUUUCUGGAGAGUUUGUAGAAGAAUUGGGAAAAAAUUUUAACCUGCGGCUUAGAAGAAUUGGAACGGUGACGACGUGGCUGUGUAUAAAUAUACAAGCUUAGCUUAGAGCUGCCUGUUCAAAUAAGAGGGUAUGUUUUGAUAAUUAUACUCUAAAUUGAAAAAUGUGUUUAAAUCGAAACCUAUAAUGCAUGAGGCU